CCCGGCCGGCCCCUCCCGCCCUCCCGUCCUCCCAGAGUCGCGAGGGGGCCCGGAUGUGGCCGCGCCGCCCCGGGCGUGCUCAACGCGGGCCCCGUGGUGUCUCCUCAGAACGAGCUGGCCCCGCGCCGGGCGUCACCCGCAUGACGGCUCCCGGGAAGGGCGCGCCCCAGGCCCUGCCGCUGCGCCUGCUGCUGCUCCUGCUGCUGCUGCUGCCGGCGGCGUCCCGUGCGGGCGCCUCGGAGGAGGAGGAGGUGGUCCCGGCCGAGUGGGUGCUGCUGCACGUGGUGCAGGGGCAGGUGGGCGCGGGCAACUACAGCUACCUGCGGCUCAACCAUGAGGGCCGCAUCGUGCUGGCCAUGCGCAGCCUCCGCGGCGACGCCGACCUCUACGUGUCGGACAGCACCCUGCACCCCAGCUUCGAUGACUACGAGCUGCAGGCUGUCACGUGCGGCCGCGACGUGGUGGCCAUCCCCGCGCACUUCCAGCGCCCCGUGGGCAUCGGCGUGUACGGGCACCCGUCGCACCGGGACAGCGAGUUCGAGAUGAAGGUGUAUUUCGACCGGACAGUCCAGCGACACCCGUUCGGGGACUCGGCCUACUCGGACAGCGAAGCGAGCCACACGCACGCCUACGACCCUGAAGGCGCUUCGCAGGAGGAGGAGUCCCUGCUGUGGACAAUACUCAUCAGCAUCUUGAAGCUGCUCCUGGAAAUCCUGUUCUGACGAUGGGCGGACCCCGCCUUUGGCUGUGCAAGUGAUGGCAGGAAACUCCUUUUCCGGGUGGGGAUGGGAAAUAAAGCCAUACAGUUUGUUACCUCAGUUACCCCAAAAGCAGGAGACAGCAAGCUCACAGUCCCUGUAACAGUAAUGUGCACAAUAAAAGGCUUAAACUCCCCUCUCCCUAGCUUGUCAGGUGGCUAAAAGGAAGGCUGCAGGGACAGAGGUGUUUAAGAAAUCAAAACGGCAGCCCUGUGCAGAUCAGGGUCAGAACGCAAGUCUAAGAAGUUCUGGUGUGUAAGCAAGUCCCACCUUCGGCAGAAGGGACCGAGGCCCACACCCAGGGGUGGGAGCCACAACCCAGCAGGUGUUCCUGGCGUUCAUGGCAGUUCUCACCCAGCUGCUAGGUGACUCUCAUUGCCUUCUGCCUAUCUUGAGUCUCCCAGGACCAAAUCCUGUCAUGAUUCCGUGGUAGUCCAGAAACCAUAAAGACUAGGAAAACUUCUUAAAACUAAUAGUAACUUUCAGGCUAAUGGAGGAAUAAUUAUUUCAAAUGAAAAUGCCUAAUACUUCCCUCUGAAUCUCUGAAGACAGCCAAGAUGCUACGAAAUAAACCUUUUGGAAGAGGAACUAUUUCUCCACCUGAAGCUGGUUCCCUGGGUAAGAGUCGCGUAGAGCAGAAAUGAGUCAACUUGCAGAUUCUAAGCACAUAGUUGGUUUCAAAAAUCUUUUAUUGGCAUAAAAACGAGAAUUGGAAAUAAGUUGGCACCAGAUAAUUCACUUAAAUGGGUGUUACAACAUUGGGGUCAGGGAACUAUUCAUCCCUCUUUGCUGUUUUUCCCCCUUCGGCCCACUUUCCGGGGCGUUGGGGGAGCUCGCUGACAACAGUCACAGAUCCAGCGACCUAGGAGAAAAAUUGUUAGUUAAUGGAGAAUGGACUUUAUUUAGGGCUGAAUCGUACACCCACUGAGCUUCCUUCCUUGGCUAUCACUGAUGCUGCUCCUCUGGACUUGUGGGCAGAAGGGCACUACGAGUUCGAGUUCCUUAAAAGGAGAAAAAUGUAAACUCCUCUGAAGAUAAUCAGCAUAACCAGCCAAGUGGUAUUUGGGGGGCGGGGAGGGGGAGGAGCAGAGCAAUGCUGAGUGCUAGGAACCUUUAGAAGAUCCUUACGCGUUCUGAAACCCAGCACUGCAGGCUCAGUUCAGCAACUGACACCUAACGUCCACUUGUUGUCUCGCCUAUUUCCAGCCCUUUCUCUGCUGCUGGCUGGCAGCUGUGUCCCAGCAUCCUCUAGUCCUGGUGGGUGAGGGCCGAGUGGACACAGGCCGAGUGUCUGACGGCACAGCCAUCAGCCAUCAGCCGCCCUGGGGACCUGUCUGAAUUAUGGCAGGACUUCAGGGAGCUGCUUCUUAUCCCCGGGAAGUGUAGCUCUGGGCAUUCUUUCUUACAGCAUCACAGUGUCAGCUAUGCAAGUACGGUCUGACAUUGCAGUUAUGUGUGCAAUGUUUCAGUCCAGACACCGGAUGUAUCCUUCAAGUCUGUGUUCAUUCUAAAGCUACCUGGAUUGUUGUGCUGCCUUGGUUGAUAGAAAUCUGGACUAACCUGUCCAAAGGUAUAGGAAUCAUUUUAAUUUUGUGUCCAUGACAUGAAAAUAAAAUCAAGGGUUUGAAA